UCGGGGCUGGAGCUCGCAGUGCAAUGGCAGGAGCCGAGGGGGAUUAGACGCCGCGGGAGAGUCAAACCCAUGGAUGGGACGCACGUCCGGUGGGAUGCCAUGAACAACUGCACCGAUGGGCAGUACUGGGACACCCUCGUUAACCAGUGCAUCCCCUGCAGCGUCGUAUGCGGCCGGUCCACAGUGAGGAGGUGUGCUGCCCUGUGCGAGUCCAUGGACUGCAACAGGAAAGCCGGCUUCUACUACGACGAGCUCCUGAAAAAAUGCAUCAACUGCAGCACGAUCUGCGGGCAGCACCCGAAGCAAUGCGCCCCGUCCUGCGAACCAGGUGCCCUGGUGGCCACCCCGCCUCCGGCAGCCGCCCUGGACACGGCCUUGCCCCCGGGGGCCGUGCUGGAGCAGAAGCCGUGCGUGGAGCAGGAGCCGUGGCUGGUGGUGUACCUGCUGCUGGGGCUCUGCCUCUGCGCCCUCCUCUGCUCCCUGCUCCUGGGCUGGACCCACCUGCGGAGGAAGGGAGAGGUGGUCUCCUGCCAAGCCAGCCCUGGGACCUGCCACCGCAGGGACGACUCCUCCAAAGAUCGUCUGGUGGAAGCGGGCAGCGUUGGUGAUGGAUCCACCGGCAGCAGGGUUCCCGAGCCGGUGGAAACCUGUGGCUUCUGCUUCCCUGGACACGGCUCCGCUGUACAAGAGACCAAAUCGUGCCACAGCACCUCCUACCCCAUCGGGGAGAGAGCUGCUCCCUCUCACACCGGCAUAUGCAGCACGGGAAGCGCUGGGGCCAUUCCCAGCCCUGACGACGGCCACUUCAAAAUCAUAUGUUCUCCUUCACAAGAGAAGACGCCUGUGGCCUGACCGCAGAGAACGUUCCUGCACAGGCUCAGACAGAAGGCACGCUCCCUCCGCCCCCAAAACACAAAAGCUGCUUCACCCUCUGUUUCCAGUGACUGCAGCGGCUUCCGCCACGACCAGCGGACCUGGCACAGUCUUUGCCCCAGGGCUGUGGCUACAGACAGCGCUGUUUUCUUCCACUUGGGAAAUGAAAUUCUCAUUAUUCUUGUGCGCUCCCAGCGGUAGAAGUCGCUUCCCACUGAGCAGUGUCUUCACCCUCCGACUUGACCUCUGCAGGCUCCUCCGCGCGUCCCAGUCAGGGGGAGCGAUGUCUCAUCGGGGCUUUUCACCCAGGUUCCACCAUCAGCGUCACUUUGUCUCUGCAAAGGGUGUUGAUGCAGAGCCAGGAUCAGCCUGUGGUGUCCCCAUGGAGAGCACCCCUUUCCCUGCUUGAAAACUCUACCGGGUACCACAAGCGAUUUGCAAGCAGAGCUGCGAGCAUCUCCGACAUGGACCCACACCUGAGAAGUUACUCGUGGAAGUUAUAACAUCCAGUGAAUGCCGCUGCCACGCUCUCAGAGCGGCGUGUUUUCCAACCUCAACAGAAGUUUCUUUACAGGACAGAAAAUUUGGUAGGACACAACGCGGAGAGCUCCACUGCCAGCUUUCACCGCUGCUUGGAAGGGGAGGACAGGCCACGGGCUUUGCCGUGUUACAGGACACGAUGGCGCACGGGAGGAGCUGGGACAGGCACCAAAAUCCCUGAUGGAGCUGGGUUUAAAUGUGAAAACUCAUCCAAGGCUGAGAACUUUCUAAGAGACUGGAUUUAUGUACAUCUGGUCUGGGUUACUCAAAAUAGCUGGUAAAAGCGAUGAACCAGCUAGAGAUACAGCUGCUUUGAAGGAAGAUUUUUAUCUGACCUGGCUUUGAAAGCUACCAUGGAAAAAUACGGGCUUCAACACGUAACUUGAAGUUCUCAUUUUCGCUAAUGGAGAAUGCAGGAAUUUUUCACUUGGUGAGAAACCACUGCUGGUAGGAGCUCAUCCCCUCCACUCACUCAAACCAGAACCUCAAACUUGGAAGAAUAAAUUUGAGUCAAUAUAUGCACAAAUUGGUGCUGGGAAAGUAAGACAGGUGAAGAAAGUGUGAGCAGAUAGUUCUAACAGACCCUGUCCCCUCCAUAUGAUGUAUUUCUUUAAAUGUCAAUGUUUUCUUAUCACUAAAGAAGGCGCCACCCCGGUGGUGACCAUAACAAAGUCCAUGCCAUGAGUGAUGUUCAGUCACAAAGCGGAAUGGCGUUAGGACCACACAGAACCCACGAGAACUAGAAAGCCCAAGAGGUGGUUUAAGGGGAGGGCUAAGAGCCCAGGCGUUGGUCCGACAUGGGGUAAAGUCUAGCUGUCUUGAAUCGCUCCAGGAACCAAGCUGACGAUUCUCCAUCUCGUUACCUUUGCGUCUUGCCUUUCGUCUCUGCCCUCCGUUUAGCAAAGCCCUUAUCGCGCGGCAGCACGAGGGAUGAGGUUUGUAUCGUGCUGCGUUUGCAGCCGAGGGGAGAAAAUAAGCCUUCGCAAAACCAAAACCUCGCUUUACUCAGAUGGGUCUCCUAAAGGCGAUGGGUCUCCUAAAGGCGA